GUUUCUGCCCCGCGAGUGCGUGCCAGUACUGCCAGUGCCGUCAUCCACCCCCCACCCCCCAUUCGACUCACACCACACCGUCGAGUCUCGACUUCUACCAACCCUCUACCGCUGCGGCGCCUCUAUCUCUCUUCUCUUUCCUUCUCUCUCUUGUCCCCGCGAUCCUCCGCUAACGCCACGGGGCUUAUUACUGAGCCCCCCUUCUGCAGUGGAGCGCGACACAGGCGACCGACAUCGGUUAUGGAGUUAUGGAGACCGCGGAACCAAGUACCGAUAAUUCGUCAAACUGCGCCACGGCGAUCCUCGCAUGCCUCGCGCUCUCGAUCGUCUACGUGGCGAGUCUCUAUGUCUGGAGUUCGCCGCACAACAGAGAGCAUCCAUCGACUAUAAAGAAACGAUUUUUUAGUGUAUUUAUCAUGACUCUUGUUUCACCGGUAUCCUUGUACUUUGGACUAAAUGAUAAGAUACUUCAAAAGACAACCAUCUGGGAAAUGUUGGGUCUUCGAUGGACGGGUCUGAUACAGGCGACUGUGAUAUCGUUGCUCCUAACAAUGAUCCUGUUCCUAGGUCCCUUGAGUUUACAGGGAUUCAAUGGGCUGUGGCGAUUAUACACCGAACCCAUGUAUUGGCUGGCGAGCGUACAAACUUUAACUUGGUGGAGAAAUCAGAUAGUCGCUCCGUUAUCCGAGGAAUGGACCUUUAGGGCUUGCAUGUUGCCGUUACUCCUGCAAUGCUUCACCCCGACUACUGCCAUAUUCGUAUGCCCUCUAUUCUUCGGGGUGGCUCACUUCCAUCAUGUAGUGGAGAGAGUAAAGAUGGGAAUGAGUAUCAAGCAUGCAUUGUUUAUAUCUUGUUUUCAGUCUACGUACACAACGUUAUUUGGAGCAUAUGCAGCCUUUCUUUUUGCGAGAACAGGACAUUUUGUUGCACCAUUUGCUGCGCAUUCAUUCUGCAAUCACAUGGGAUUUCCUGAUCUUUCUGAGAUAGCAGCAUACAAAGAUCCACUGAAAAGAGCUGGAUUGAUGUGUCUGUUUGUGAUCGGUUUGAUCGCUUGGUGUUACUUGUUGAUGCCGAUGACUCAUCCAUCAUUGUUCAAUAAUAAUUUAUUCUGGACUAAACACUUUAUAUGAGACACGUCCGAUCUCUAACAAAAUAUUAGGAUAUAACAAAUACUAGGGUUAAAUGUUUUUAUGCAGAAUUUACCGCAAUUAUUCCACCGAUCUUCCGGUUUACACACACAUUGUUGUGGAAUAUUUUAUAUUUAUGUUUAACAAAGAGUACAAUACCUAUCUGUCGAAAAAUAAUGCAGAAAUUAACAUUACUCUAAACUAAUUUUAACUAUAAUUCGUAUAGCUAUAAUUUAACUAAUCGUGCAGUUUGGCAUUGUUACAAAGUAUAUCACCGUAGUGCCUGAGAGUUAAACUUUUAUAGUAGUGAUUACGAAUGUUACAACUGUUAGAUGAACUUGUUCGCAAAAUGCGAAGAAUCCAGCUCUAAUUAUUAUUUACGAAUUGUUGCAUAUAUUUAUAUGCCGCAACAUUAUAUUAUUUCAUAACCACAAUUCGUUAAAUGUUAUC